GCGCGCUGAAGUCCCUGGUGCAGCCGUGCAGUGUGCUCGGAAGGAAGGAAUCGGGCCGAUCGAUGGAGUCGUUGGCCAACGCAGGAGCAGCAUGCACCGAGCGCCUGGCGCCGCACGUCGUGCUGCUCGCCAGCCCGGGAGCCGGCCACCUCAUCCCGCUGGCCGAGCUGGCGCGGCGGCUCGUCGACCACCAGGGCUUCGCGGCCACGCUCGUCACCUUCACCGACCUCUCCUCCUCGGAGGCCCUCUCCGGCGUCCCCGCCUGCGUCGCCACAGCCGCGCUCCCGCCCGUGCCGCUCGACGACCUCCCCGCCGGCACUAGUAUGAGUACCGUGCUUCUCGAGCUCAUCCGUCGCUCCCUACCGAGCCUCCGCGCCCUCCUCCGCUCCGUCGGUGCCCCCCUCGCCGCGCUGGUGCCGGACUUCUUCUGCUCCGCGGCGCUGUCGCUCGCCGCCGAGCUCGGCGUCCCGGGCUAUGUCUUCGUGCCCACCAACCUCACCACUAUCGCCGUCAUGCGCGCCGCUGUGGAACUCCACGAGGGCGUUCCACCCGGCGAGUACCGCGACCUCCCCGACCCUCUGGAGCUUCCAGGGGGCGUGUCGCUGCGCCACGCCGACCUGCCGGCCUCGUUCCAGAGCAGCGGCGAGUCGGUCUACGCGCACUUACUGGAGGCGGGCCGGUGCUACCGCCGCGCGGACCGCUUCCUGGUGAACACCUUCUACGAGAUGGAGCCCGCCACCGUGGAAGAGUUCAAGCUGGCAACGGAGCGAGGCGCGUUCCCGCCCGUGUUCCCAGUUGGGCCGUUCGUCCGGCCGAGCAUAAUCUCCGACGAAGCCGCCGGCGCGUUCGCGUGCCUAGACUGGCUCGAUCUCCAGCCGACGGGAUCCGUGGUGUACGUCUCCUUCGGGAGCGGCGGGUCGCUGACUGUGGAGCAGACGGCCGAGCUCGCCGCUGGGCUGGAAGUGAGCGGCCACCGGUUCCUCUGGGUCGUGAGGAUGCCAAAUCUGGACGGUGGCAAGGACGGCCAUGACCGUGACGACGACAACCCAAACCCGUUGGCGUGGCUCCCGGAGGGCUUCCUGGAGAGGACCAAGGACAAGGGGCUGGCCGUGGCGGCGUGGGCGCCUCAGGUGCGCGUGCUGUCCCACCCGGCGACGGCGGUGUUCGUGUCGCACUGCGGCUGGAACUCCACUCUGGAGAGCGUGUCGGCCGGCGUGCCGAUGGUGGCGUGGCCGCUGUACGCGGAGCAGCGGAUAAACGCCGUGGCCCUGGUAGGGAGCGCCGGGGUGGCGCUGCCGCUGCGUCCGCGGGAGGCCGACGGCGUGGUGGCGCGCGACGAGAUCGCGGGCGCGGUGAAGGAGCUGAUGGAGAGUGCGGAGAAGGGGCGCGCCGUACGGCGGCAGGCCGGGGACCUGCAGCAGGCGGCGGCGCGCGCGUGGUCGCCGGAAGGGUCGUCCCGCCGGGCGCUGGAGGACGUCGCGGCCACGUGGAAGAAGGCGACGCUCGGCAAGGUGAAGUAACCGACGGACGCGCGCGCGAGCGGCAAAUCGGUACUGCCUGUGUAUCGAUAUCAUUUAAACAUGUUUAAAAAUUCUGAAAAGAAUCAUGGAUGCUCACAACACAUAUGUCGAUGACUCCUAAAAAAUUCAUAUCCAAAUUUAAAAAACACAAGGAGAAACAAAAAAGACAAAUUUGGAUGUGAAUAAUGUCAUUUUCCUUGUGUAUUUCGAAUUCCAGUAUGAAAUUUUUAGGGGUUGUCGACUAAUGUGUUGUGAAUAUCCAUGAUUUUUUCAGAUUUUUUGACAUGUUUAAAUUUGAAUUUCGCAAGUUUAUAUCACGUAAGGAUUGGUAUCAUCGGUAAUCCACUUCUGAGCCCAAGCUCAGCUGCACCCGCCCCGACGAAAAAAAUUAAAACAAAUACUACAUUUUUUUCAAAAAAUUCCAAUUUUUUUGGAUGGUAGAUAAUUUGAUGCAUGAGGUUCGUUCCAAUUUUCAAAUUAUUUGGACAUCUGAGCAGCUCACGGCAAAAAAGACAAAUUCGGGUUUUUUUUUGAGCAUCAAUACAGACACAAGCGCUCAUAUACACGCGCAUACACUCACCCCUAUGAACGCACACACGCACACCCUACCCUUAUUAGCACCUCCGAGAGACUGAGCCGGCAUAUCAUCUUGAGAUUUACGAAGUCACCGCAGGCACCUCGUCGUCGACGGGAACAUCUCCUCCCACUGAAAGCAUAUCGCCGGAAAUCCUGAAAUAAAUUCAGGAAUAAUGCGAGCACCAGGAUUUGAACCCUGGUGGGUUGGGGAUACCACUGUCCACCUAACCGUAAAAAUUUUAACUGUUCACGCACUGUUAUGACCCAAUUUAUCUUUUUUGCUGAGAGCAACUCAGACGUCCAAAUGAUCUAAAAAUUAGAGCGAACCUCACACAUCAAAUUAUCUACCACACAAAAAACAUUUGGAAUUUUUUAGUAUUUGUUUUGAUUUUUUUUCCUGAUCGGGUGCAGAUGAGCCUGGGCACUGAAACACCGCACUCAAAUAAAAAAGCUUGUCUGACCGACCGACGAUGUAUGUUUUGAUAUUUUUUUCGUUCCUGUGAACGCGGUGUCUGUUUUAUAGUAAUUGUUUUCCCCAAAAAAAAAAGCUUG